AUGGCAAUUUCAAAAGUUUUUAUUGCUUCCCUUCUCAUAUCUCUUCUUGUUCUCCAACUCGUCGAAGCAGACGUGGAAAUCUCAAACGAAAAGAAUGAUUCUAGCAGUAAAAUUGAUUGUGGAAGUGCGUGUAUAGCACGGUGCAGACUCUCAAGCAGACCGAACCUUUGUCACAGAGCAUGUGGGACUUGCUGCGCCAGGUGCAACUGUGUGCCACCGGGCACGUACGGAAACUACGACAAGUGUGCGUGCUACGCCAACCAAACCACCCACGGUGGUCGCCGCAAGUGCCCUUAA